AUGGGAUACUCCUUCACCCUGCGGUGCAGAGCUGAGGGAUGCACAUCGCUGCAGUAUCAGUGGUUUUGUCAGCACCAGUCUGUCUGCCGCCAGAUUCCUGGUGCCACCAAGCAAGAUUUGCCCAUCACAGCACAGCAGACCCAGCUCUACACCUGCAGAAUCAAUGACCUCUACAAAAAUGCCAUCUUCUCCGACUGGGUGAAGGUGGAGGUCCAUCAGUGUGUCGCCAGAGGACUGCCCCCUCGGCUCUGGCGAGGAGAACCGGUCAUCGUCCUCAACCCCACCGAGCAGAGGGUGGAGGUGGGGAAGCCACUACAGCUGCAGUGUGCUGCCAUGGGGGUUCCAGCCCCCAGCUACCAGUGGUACCGGAAUGGGAACCUGCUGGAACACCAGAAGAAAAAAAGACUCUGGAUCACCCACGCAAAGGUCAGUGACUCCGGCACGUACCUGUGCUGUGCCUCCAAUAGCCACGGAGAGCAGUGGACCAGCGCUGUGGAUAUUCACAUAGGUACGUGUCGUUCUGAAAAGUUUUUUGCUACAGGCAAGAUAGCGCUUUUAGUGGGCAACAACUGCUACCAGCAUCAUCCCAACCUGAUGGCUCCCGUCACAGAUGUGUUUGAGCUGAGUCUUCUUCUGGAGCAGCUGGGCUUCCAGGUUGUCUCCCUUCUGGACCUGAACAAGGCUGAGAUGGUGACAGCGGUCAGUCGGUUCCUGCAGCUCCUGGGGAAGGGAGUCUACGCUAUAUUCUACUACGCUGGUCAUGGGUACGAACAUUCGGGGAGGAACUACAUGGUCCCCGUUGAUGCUCCACAGCCCUAUGCCCCUGAGAACUGCAUCAGUGUGCAGAGGAUCCUCCAGAAGAUGCAGCAGCAGCAGACGGCCCUGAACCUUAUCCUGCUGGACACUUGCAGGAAAUGGUACAACCCAGAGUGUGCCCUCUCCCAGGUACAGCCGCUGGAACCCUGGGGCAAUACUGUUUACGGCUAUGCCACGAGUGAAGAUGCAGAAGCCUAUGAGUUACAGGAUGGGGAGUUCAGCUCUGGGAUCUUCAUGAAAUACCUGAAGAAACAUAUUCUGCAGGAGAAGAAGGUUACACACAUGCUGGAGGAUGUGUUAGAAGACAUUGGUCGUGAUCCCUUGGUCACUGGGAAGCAGGUGAUGGAGAUCAAACACACUCUGAAGGAAGCCCGGUCCCUGACGGACCCAAUCUGUCCCUCGGGAGCAGCUGCCGAGCUCUGGGGACGCAGCCACGAGCUGGUGAGCGAAAUAGUGACCUUCCCCUGCGGGGUGCAGGUGGAGCUCCGCUUCCACCGUCUCUUCUCCAAUGUGAUGUACGUGUGUGCCAAGCUGCAGCCCCCACCAGCCCACGUCGCUGAUGCCCAUCUCCUGCUCUGCCAGCCCACC